UUCCAUUCCGCCCAAUCCAUCGCCGCUCGCCGCAGCGUCACUGCGUCAGGUUAACCGAAACGCGCCGCGCCCGCCUCCGUUUCAAACCCGAAAUUUUUCGCCGUCCCCCCCCCAAAUUUUUUCCCUCGCUUCUGCCUCCGCGCAACCCAACAAAUCGCCUUCCAUUUUGCUUCCCCUCCGCCUGAUUAGUCUCGCCAAUUCCCCCCUCAACCGAACCAACCUUCCUCUUCCCCCGAAUCUCAGGUCUCCCGCCCGCACCCACCGGCCGGCCACCUACCCCGCCGGCGCGAAACCCUAAUCGGCGGCCGCCUCCCUCUCCAUCCCAUGGCGGAGCAGGACGGCGCCGCGGGACAGAGCCCGCUCGACUCCCCUCCGGGGGUCAGUGCUGAAAAUGGGGAUGAGAAUACUGAACAGCAUCAACCAUUUUUCUCCAUGUGCCAGCCAAUUCGCUCUGUUAGCUACGCAAAUUCGUGGGAAAGCUGUUUUGCUCCUGCUGCAAAUGAAAAUGACCACAAUAGUGGCUUGAACUCAAUGGUGGAUGACCACAUCCUGAUUACAUCUGCUUCUCUUGGAAGCAAGCAACCUCAACCUGAGGACAUAUCUGGUACAGUAGAUGAUGAAGGCAAGCCUUGUUCACCACAUUCAAUUGAUAAGGAAGCCAGUUUGGUGCAAGAUGUCAUGGAAAUGGAACAAUCAAUGGAUGAAAUUGAUGUGCCACAUGGAGAAGCAAGUGAGCAGCCAGAACCCCUUAGCACAGAGCAACCCGAUUCAACUGGUGGAAUGGAUUUAUGGGAUGACAAAGAUAAUCAGAAACUGUUGCCCCUUAACACUGAUCGGUGGAACUCCAAUAUUGGUGAAACUUGUGAUGCUGAAGAUAAGCAGUUUCCUCUGUCCUUUUCUUACAGAAGGCAACCCCAAUCUGUGGGAGCAGGUCUUAGCAAUAUGGGGAACACAUGCUUCUUAAAUGCAACUCUUCAGUGCAUCACUCAUACUGUACCACUUUUUCUCAAGCUUCGCUCAACUGAUCAUUCCACUCCAUGCUCAUAUGAUAAAGAUGGAUUCUGUUCUUUCUGUGCCCUUAAAGAACAUGUCGAUGAAUCAAUUCGAAGGUCUGGAUCUGUUAUAAUGCCCGCAAAGUUCAGAGAUAAUUUAAGAAAGCUAUCUUCAGAUUUUAGACCGGGACAGCAAGAGGAUGCACAUGAAUUCCUACGUUGCUUGCUUGAUAACUUGCAUAAGUGUACCCUCGAUCCCAUGUCUAAGGGCAAGGGCUCAUCCUUUGAUGAAGAAAGUAUAGUCAAGGACAUUUUCGGAGGCCAACUGAAAAGCCAGUUGUCUUGCUGCGAGUGUGGUCACAGCUCGGAGACAUUUGAGCCCUUCCUGGAUCUAAGCUUGGAGAUCGAUCAGGUUGAUCACCUGGUAGAUGCCAUGGAAUCUUUUACCAAGGUAGAGCAGAUCGGGGACUCUGAAGAUAAGCUCACCUGUGAACGAUGCAACGCUCAAGUUUGUAAGAACAAGCAGCUUACACUUCAUAGAGCACCAGAUGUUAUUGCAUUUCAUCUGAAGCGUUUUACCACCCUUGACAAUUCUGUUGAGAAGAUUGACAAACAUGUGGUAUACCCUUCAGAGGUUGAUUUGAAGCCGUUCCAUAGUAACCCAGACACUGUGGGGGAGCUGAAAUAUGAUCUUUAUGGUGUUGUUGAGCAUUCUGGGUUACCCAACUAUGGCCACUAUGUGUGCAGUAUUCGUUCUUCACCAAGCACUUGGUACUUGAUGAAUGACUCCCAUGUUGAUUCGAUUACAGAUGCAAGCGCGUUAAACAAGGAAGCAUAUAUUCUCUUCUAUGUUCGGCAGGGCAAAUUUCCAUGGUUCUCUAGUUUGCUAGAGGUCAAAGAUGCCCUACAUGCUGAGGAUGCUCGCGGUGCAUCUCCUGUGUCUGUUUUGGAAAAUAUUGAUGCAAACUGUUCAACGUCUUCUGGAGGAGGCAGUAGCAGUAAUUCUGGUGAUAAAUUAGAGAAAAAUGAAGCCAGGCAGUUGGAGGAGUUAGAGAAGGAUGAAACCAGUCAAUACAAAGUAUCAUUCUGUCAUGAGGAGCCAUCUAAGAGAAGUUCACUUGGUGCUUCCAACAUCAAUAAUACAAGAGAUGAAAUCAGUCCACCCAGAGCAUCUCUCCAAGAUGAUGUUGUUAGAUGUCCCCGUAGUGUAGAAACUACCAAUCUGGAUAGGCCCUCUACUCCUCUGCCCUCGAAGCGAUCAUUCUCACAUAAUGAGUUUGGUGUGUUUGAGUUUGAGGACUUUGAUGAUGACGAAGACACUCCUUUGCUUCCAGAUCUGAAAUUUCACCCUAAGGCAAAGAAACCUAAGGCUGCAUCUGCAUCUAAAGCUGUGAAGGGCCCCAGUAUUGAUCAGAACGCAAGACGUUUGAUGAGUGGCAUGCCAUCCUCAAGAAGAAAAGGUCUCCUGGACUGCAUGGUCACACAACAAAAUGCACAUCAGGAGUCUCGUAGUCGCAGAUGCCCCACAAGCGACCCUCUGGACAAAAAGAAACGGAAGUUGGUUCAAUGCUAGGUAUUUUCAAGUUUGGGCACCACAAAUCUUGUAUUUCUGUAUAUCCUUUUUUGUUUUCUUUUGCUACUCUCUUGCUGUAUAUCUUGGUCUAGCAUCCAUGCUGUCCUCCACUGCCCUUUAAUCUAAUUUAGCUGUCAUAAACUUUAUGGCCGGCUAGAUUGGUUGCAGGGUACAUGAGAGCAUAAGAGUCAGUUAAUCUAUCUACUUUUUUUUUUUUGCUUCCUCCUUAUGUGCCAUCGCACACCUAUCAACUAUGCUGUAUGGGAUUUGCACCUGCACCAACUGCCCAUUUUGUUUAGUAGGUAGCACUACUUGGACAGAACAGGGCUUAUCUUGUAUGGAACAUAACCAGGGAAAAGAAAUGAAAUCGAGUUUAUCUGAA